CCGAGAGCACCGCGAGCACCGCGAGCACCGCGAGCACCGCGCGUCUCCGGCUCCACGCGCCGCCAGGGUCCGGCCCUCUGCGACCCGCCGCCAGCCUCGCCGCCUGCCCGCGGAGCCCCGGGCCGCCGCCACCACGCCGCGCGCCGUACUCCGCGUCAAGAAUGGGGCGGCCAAGCUGCCCAAGCCGCCCGCCGCCGCCGCGGCCGAGGCUCCUGGCGCGGGCGCGGGCAUGGAGCGCUCGCAGAGCCGCCUCAGCCUGUCCGCCUCCUUCGAGGCGCUCGCCAUCUACUUCCCGUGCAUGAACUCCUUCGACGAUGAGGACGCAGCAGACAGCCGGAGGCUGAAGGGAGCCAUCCAGAGGAGCACAGAGACAGGACUAGCCGUGGAGAUGCCCAGCCGGACACUGCGCCAAGCCAGCCAUGAGUCCAUCGAGGACAGCAUGAACAGCUAUGGCUCGGAGGGCAACCUAAACUAUGGAGGAGUCUGCCUGGCCUCAGAUGCUCAGUUCAGUGACUUCCUGGGAAGCAUGGGGCCAGCACAGUUUGUGGGCCGCCAGACCCUGGCGACCACACCCAUGGGGGAUGUGGAGAUUGGCCUGCAGGAACGGAAUGGUCAGCUGGAGGUGGACAUCAUCCAGGCUCGGGGACUGACGGCCAAGCCAGGCUCCAAGUCACUGCCAGCUGCCUACAUCAAGGCCUACCUGCUGGAGAAUGGUGUCUGCAUUGCCAAGAAGAAGACCAAAGUGGCCCGAAAGUCACUGGACCCGCUGUACAACCAGGUGCUUCUGUUUCCUGAGAGUCCCCAGGGCAAAGUCCUGCAGGUGAUUGUAUGGGGAAACUAUGGUCGGAUGGAGCGGAAGCAGUUCAUGGGUGUGGCCCGAGUGCUGCUGGAGGAACUGGACUUGACCACGCUGGCUGUGGGCUGGUACAAGCUCUUCCCCACCUCCUCCAUGGUGGACCCAGCCACAGGCCCCCUGCUCCGGCAGGCAUCCCAGCUGUCCCUCGAGAGCACCGUGGGGCCAUGUGGCGAGCGAUCUUAAUGCCAGAGAUGGGGAGGGGCUCCCCCCGAGAUGGCCUGGAGACCACCCAGCCCUGACCUGGGACCCCAGGCCCAGGGGCACAUUGGACAUUGGAGGAUGGGGUUCUUCCCCACAGUGGGGAAGCAGAAUGGGGAGACCUGCCCCCCUUGGGCCCCUCCUCACUCCUCCUUCACCUCCUACCCCUGAGACCUUCCCUCUCCCAGUGGGUUGGCUACACUUUUGACUUGGCCGGUUUUGACCUGGUGGGCGCAGCUAUAGCCAGAGAAAGACUGAGGUGGCAGAGCAAACCACUGUCCUGCCCUACCCCACCCCACUUAUCCCCCUUUUGCCUCCUUGGAUGCUCGCUGCCCAGAGCCAAGUCCAGAACCAAGCCGGCCAUCUCCAUGGUGCCAAUUACCAGCAAGUGUCUUUCCUGCGGCACCGGGUUCAGGCAGCUACUCCUGCCCCAGAGCUGAUGGGGCAGUGUGCAAGGAUCCGGAGCCAGCUCCCGGGGGGCCUGAGCUCCCCAGUUGAAGGGGAGUGUGGGUCUCCCUCUGCCUGCCCGUGGAAGGAGCUUUGCCGCAGCCUGUCUGAGUCCACCCAUCCAUCCCCUCCUGCCCCUCUGCCUGCCUGCCCCUCUGCCAUGAGCUCUAGGAAUUGGGGGCCAGCAGAGAUCCAAGGAAAGGAGGAGGCACCUGAGACCUGGCAUAGAUCCCCAGGGGUCCUUGCAGCAAGCUGGUCUGGAGCUCUUGGUGGACUGGAAAGGGCGUUGUCAUCUGUGAUAUGGUAGAGGACUGUGGGGACCUGAGUUUCCAGAGCCCUGCACACACAGAGCAACUUUCACAUGUGGGGGGUAGUGGGAGUGGAGCUCUGAAGAAAGCUUGGAUUAAGUCUAGCGGUACCAAGGUAAGGGUUUCCCAAACAGGAGAACCCCUCCUUGUUGGAUGAGAUCAAAGGUCAUCUUGUUAAUCCCUCGGCCUCUGGGCCAGGGGUCCUGGGGAGGCAUUAGAGCCCCUCCCAUUUUAGUCUUUUUAAAUAAACCAUCCUGUAUGAAGGGCAGAAGCCACUGCCCAGCCUCAUCACUUUGGCUCAAGGAGAGAUGGCGGUACAAGUGGAGGCCUGCAGAGCCGUGAGUGUAAGAAUUAGAGGCUCCAAUGAGGCCUGGGUAGCUGCCUUCCUGUGGCCCUCCCUUGGGCCUGCAGGAGCCCUUUUGCAUGCGAGGGAGGACACUGGCCCCUAUAGAAGCACAUUUCCGUCACCCCUCCUGGGAGGCACCCAGCAGCCCUUCACUCCUCUUCACUUAAUCCCUGCUGUGUAGGGCGUAGUCCAGGUCAUCUGGGUAGUUAGCGUUCACGCCUGAGGCCUGUUAGCGCAGAUGUAGUCUUAUUUGCAAGCCCCAGGCUGGGGGGUAUAGGGGAGACCCCAGUACAUUCCAGAAGAUUACAGACUCUCUCUCUAGCCUGGGCUGGAUGGGCUGCCAGGCUCCCCAAAGGCCAGCCCUUCCAUCUUCUCUUCCUUGCCUUCUCUCCUCCCUUAUAGGGCUAUAGCCCAAACUGUCCAUUGUACUCAGCAUUCUGGGGUAAUACCCUUGGCAUUGAUUAUUUUUUUUAAAGGAUGCACUCCUAGGAUUGCUGGGCCUUGCAGAGGGGCCUGGACUACACUAGAGGGUGUCAUUUUCCACCAAGGAUGCCAGGGCUCUGUUGAAUGCCAACCUUGUUCCUGGUUCUACCAGGGAUCCCUUCCGCUUGAGAAUGCUCCCCAUUCCCAGCCUGGCUGAGCCCUGAGUGCCCUUCAGGGUUCUCAUCCAGGUCUGGCAGCUCCACACACAGCUGUUGGCACUACACAGGGAAGGAGCUGUGGACAGGCCCUUCCAACUGGUCUUCAGAGUGGCCUCGGGACUGUGGAGGGGCAAGCCUCCUGGACAAUGGGGCAGGGCUCUGGAGGAGCUCCCAUUUGAGGCUCACAACUAGCCAUCACCCUUUUUUCCCCCCCGACUGGUAUGAUAUCUCUGCUAUUAGGUUAUUACUCACCAUUUGGAAUAUUUUGAGCCAAGAGGGUACCUUCCCUCCCAGGCUGUCACUGCUAUGGUUGUUCAGGGUGAGACAGAGCCUGGCUGUCAUAACCAGAGGGGAGGGGCUCAGCUCUGGUUUGUCUGGGAGAGAGAGAGAGAGAGAGAGAGAGAGAGAGAGAGAGAGAGAGAGAGAAAGAGGGAGAGAGAGAGAACAUGAUAGCAUGAAGGAGCACUUGGCUCCAAAGCAAUAACAACAGCGUGGGGGUGGUCAGUGAGGCCCCCUCCGUGAUUUUCUUGUCUGUUCUGUGAAAUCUCGCUCACCUCCUGGAGGGGUAGAGUCAGGGGCUGGAGCCCCAUUUCUCUGUAUCAUUGUUAGCGUGUGCCCCACUUCCAAGGGGCUGUGACCACUGGGUGUGGGAGCCAUAUCCGUCCUCACCAAAGGACUGGACAGUGCUUGGGGAGGGGGAGCACUUUUCAUCAUUAGCUCUGGGGACCACCAAGCCCAGCCUGCUCCCACUGCUGACAGACCCUCUGUCAACUCAGACUCUACCGUGUGGAGAGUAGGGAGGGGAGAGUUGGGGGGCCUUUCUGGUGCUGUCUCUAGGGAUGUUUCUUUUUACCCCCCCACUUUGGACAGAGGUCAUGUAUAGGGCUGCCAUGUAAAGGGGCAUCUCCAUUUUUCUUACCCAGAAUGCUUCUGCAUUCUGAAGGGAAGGGCCUUUGGAUAUUUAGUCCAUUUGCAUUUUAGAAGGAAAGAAAGAAAGAAAGAAAGGAAGGAAGGAAGGAAAGAAAAGAAAGAAAGAAAGAAAGAAAGAAAGAGGAAGGAAGGAAAAGAAAGAAAGAAAGAAAGAAAGAAAGAAAGAAAGGAAGAAAGGAAGGAAAAGAAAGAAAGAAAGAAAGAAAGAAAGAAAGAAAGGAAGGAAGGAAGGAAAAGAAAGAAAGAAAGAAAGAAGGAAGGAAAAGAAAGAAAGAAAGAAAGAAAGAAAGAAAGGAAGGAAAAGAAAGAAAGAAGGAAGGAAGGAAGGAAAAGAAAGAAAGAAAGAAAGAAAGAGAAAGGAAGGAAGGAAGGAAAAGAAAGAAAGAAAGAAAGAAAGAAAGGAAGGAAGGAAGGAAGGAAGGAAAAGAAAGAAAGAAAGAAAGAAAGAAAGGAAGGAAGGAAGGAAGGAAGGAAGGAAAAGAAAGAAAGAAAGAAAGGAAGGAAGGAAGGAAAAGAAAGAAAGAAAGAAAGAGAAAGGAAGGAAGGAAGGAAGGAAGGAAGGAAGGAAGGAAGGAAGGAAGAUACCAAGGCCCUGUCGGAGAAGACCCAUCUGGGGUCAUUGGUGUGCCCAGUGCCCUUUCCACCUAGGUCCUCCCUUUCAUGUCUCAUGCUGAGCUGGAGCCAGGGCAGGAUGAAGGGGGACCACCACUUCUCAUCCCUUCUGCUUCUUUUCUUUGGAGCCUCCUGGUGGCUCCAAAUUAUGGCAGGACAAACUGGAGCCCAUCUGAGAGGUUCAGAAACCCAGGCCACAGCAGGAAGUGUUUUGGGUUAAGGCCUGUCAGCAGCAAUAUGCUUUGGGGGACAGGCUGGGAGCUGCAGCAGAGAGACCACCGCUCAUCACCAUCAUCAUUUCUGGCUUCUAAGCACAGGUGGCACUGCCCUGCUUGACUUUCUCUCUUCCUGCUCAUGCCUUUUCUGGGCUUUGGUUGGGAGAAAGGGAGUGGGGUGGUGCCGGGUUGGCUGGGAUCUCCUGGGCGGUCGGUCAGUCUCCCCAGUGAUCUUGAGCUGAAGGACUUGCUCGUGGCCUUUUGUUCUGGGUCAUUACCUCUCCCUGGGAGUGGGUGAAAGAGACAAGCUCCCUUUUGGGCUCGUAGAGUUGGGGCUCAGGGAAGUCCUCUCUAACUUUCAGGUGCGAUAGCACCACUCUCCAUAGCGCUUCCCACAAGCCGCCCCCCCCACUGUGCUUGUACUCUGACCCCCACAAGAGCUCCGAAUAGCAACUGAAGGGAGGCUUGUAUAGUCAGUCCCAUUUUCAGAAGGGAAAGGAGGAGGUCCCGAGAGGGUGGUGCUUGCCGAAGUUCUGGCUCUGACAGCAGCAGCUCCACUGGUCCACGGCACAGGCAUGUAAGCACAUAGUUGAGGUAGUUAUUCUGUUUCCAAGCGAUUCACCAUUGGGUUCGUUAAGGCAGGAGCCUCUUGAGAAACAACACGGGGGCCCCACUGUCCCAAGGCAGAGCUGUUGCGCCAGGCAAGGUCACCUGCAUUUAUUUAUUGAGCAACAGCGCCACACCAGGCCCAAAGCCUUGGACCCCCUUCCUGUCCCUGCAAUGGCUCUCUUGGCCCUCCAAAAAGGCCUGUGUGUGCAGAACAGGGCAGAGGAUUUCUACAAGCUUACAUGGCAAGCCCCAAGGGUUUUUCAUUUCAGCAAGAGAGCCCGUGCGGGCUGGGUACAGGCUGGAAGCAAACAUUGGUCUGACCUCUGAGCCCUUUGUGCCCUCCUGCAAGGUGGCAGGUGGCAGGAAGGUGGGACCCCAGAGUUCUCGGAAUGGGAGCCUCCCCCCAUCUACCCACCUUUCCCUGCGUCCUCUCGGGGAACAGGAACAGCCUGGUCCUUCAGGGAGGGAUGGAUUUGGGGGCCUCUGAGUUGGAGUGGGUCAUAUUGCAUUGUGUUCAUGACCACAUAGCUCAUGUUGGAAAUUAAAGUUUUUGGCUUUUUUA